CAAGUCUAGGCGCUAUCUCAGACCUGAUCAUCGCAUGGUAGGUCGAUUGGUAGGAAAAUCAUUUGUGGCCCAACCGCCCCCUUGGAUGUGGAUCGGGUCAUUCUUUUCCCCUGUCACAAUUGUUUUUGGGAACAGAACCGUCGCAUUUUUGUCCUUCGGUUAAGCACCGGGUGGGGAUUAACAUGACUUUGGACGUGCAUCCUCGGUUCAGGCCGGGGUGACUUGCUUGUUCACAACUUUGCAAGAGCCUCAUCAAUACGCUACACGAGAUGAAUGUAAGAAGUAGGUUGCGGUUCCCGAUCCCAUGAUAGUGUUUUACAAAACCAACGCGCUCGCUGCUCCGCCACUUGCUAUUAUAGGUGACAAUUAUCCAAUGCAGCAAAAUCCUAUUUUUAUCUCGAGAACUAUGUAAUCGAUCACAGGCCAUUGAGGUUUCAAGGGGUAUCGUCAUGGUGUCAAAUCAACCUUCAUAGCCUAGAACGGGAUCCACAAUCUUGAACCGAGGAGCCUCACGAUACGAUUUUGCCCCCCUAAUAACAACAUAGAGCGAGAUUGCAAAGCGCAUUCUUGAUGGGGCCUCACCGGGGCCUACCAUGGCUUCGGGUGCCGGGCUACUCACUUGUAAUUGAUAUAAAGUUGGGCUUUUGUCCAUCUCCACUGAGUCUGCUUUUCCGGUUCUACUCCUCAUCCAUUCGCUUUCCGGUCUUCAAUCUUUUUAUUCUUUCGUUCCAAAGUGCAGUGCACUCUUCAUUCGCUGAUACGCCUGGUGCCAACUUCAAUCUUUCUCAAAAAAAGAAUCACUCUUUGUCCAGGUUAAUAAGACUAUAUACACUACAUACCGUCAAGAUGCAGUUCACUACCUCAAUUCUCAGCCUUAUCACCCUGGCCGUCUCGGUCAGCGCCCACGGUCACUUGGCCGCACCCCCUGCGCUCCCGAACACUACACCUUUCCAGAACAUCCGCAUCCCCGCCAACGGCUGCGGCGAGGGCGUCAAGGUUGACGGCGCCGCUGUCGAGGCCACCUUUAAGGCUGGCACCACCGGCAAGCUGACCUGGAACCUCAACAACGGCGACGGCGGUGGCCCUCUGGUCGUCGCUUUCGACACCACCGGCAAGGGUACCAGUUUCAAUACCAAGGCCGUGGUCACCAAGAACGUCGAAGGUGUUAACGGCGGUGUUUCGAGGGCCGUCCCCCGCGGCGACAAGCCCGUCGAGUUCACUGUUCCCAACGUCAAGUGCGAACGCUGCGUGCUGCAGAUUCGUCAAGAUCUUGCGGGUGGCAAGGAUGGCUUUGGCUCGUGCGCCAUCGUCUCUAUUGUGUAAAGGAUUUGUUCAUUAUAAACGGGUCAGAUGGUGCUGGUAAAAGGCAGGGUAUCUGGGUCCGUGGAAAUUCUUGGUUGUAUUGCAAGUCCCUGCUUGUUUGUAAUAAGUUCAGGUGGUUCGAUUAGUUUCAGCGAAUGAUUAUUUUACUGGCUCAUCUACUAUGAUGGCUAUUUUUUACUCCUAA